CGCGCGGUGGCGGGGUCGCCCGGAGCAGAGAGAGCAGAGCCGCCGAGGGGAGCCGCUGACAAGGGCCGCAUGGAGGACCCCGCGGCGCCCGGGGCCGGGAGUUCGUCUCCCAAUAGCAACGGCGGCGGCAAAGGGAAGCAGGCGGCACCUAAGGGGCGGGAAGCGUUCAGAAGCCAGCGGCGGGAGUCGGAGGGCUCUGUGGACUGCCCCACUCUGGAAUUUGAAUAUGGAGAUGCAGAUGGGCAUGCAGCAGAGUUGUCAGAAUUAUAUAGCUACACUGAAAACCUGGAAUUCACCACUAACAGGAGGUGCUUUGAAGAAGAUUUCAAGACUCAAGUGCAGGCCAAGGAGUGGCUGGAGUUGGAGGAAGAUGCCCAGAAGGCCUAUGUGAUGGGACUCCUGGACCGACUGGAGGUGGUCAGUAGGGAACAGCGACUGAAGGUGGCCCGGGCUGUUCUGUACCUGGCCCAAGGCACUUUUGGGGAAUGUGAUUCGGAGGUCGAUGUGCUACACUGGUCCAGGUACAACUGCUUCCUGCUCUAUCAGAUGGGGACCUUCUCGGCCUUCUUGGAGCUACUCCACAUGGAAAUCGACAACAGCCAGGCCUGUAGCAGUGCUCUUCGGAAACCAGCUAUCUCCAUUGCUGAUAGCACAGAGCUCAGGGUGCUGCUGAGUGUCAUGUACCUAUUGGUGGAAAAUAUCCGCCUGGAGCGAGAGACAGACUCCUGCCAGUGGAGGACAGCGCGGGAGACCUUCCGCACUGAAUUGAGCUUCUCCAUGCAUAAUGAGGAACCUUUUGCCCUUCUGCUUUUCUCCAUGGUUACCAAGUUCUGCAGUGGCCUGGCUCCCCACUUCCCCAUAAAGAAGGUCCUGCUUUUGCUCUGGAAGGUGGUCAUGUUUACCCUCGGUGGAUUUGAACAUCUACAGGUUCUCAAAGUACAGAAGCGGGCAGAAUUGGGGCUGCCUCCACUGACUGAAGACAGUAUCCAGGUGGUGAAGAGCAUGCGUGCUGCCUCUCCGCCCUCUUACACCCUCGACUUGGGGGAGUCUCAGCUGGCACCACCACCCUCUAAGCUGCGAGGCCGCCGUGGUUCUCGAAGGCAACUCCUCACUAAGCAGGACAGCCUGGACAUCUACAAUGAAAGAGAUCUCUUUAAGACUGAAGAACCAGCCACAGAGGAGGAAGAGGAGUCUGCUGGAGAUGGAGAACGAACCUUGGAUGGAGAAUUAGACCUGCUAGAGCAAGACCCUCUGGUGCCACCUCCACCCUCACAGGCAUCCCUUUCUGCUGACCGUGUGGCCUUUCCCAAGGGCCUACCCUGGGCGCCAAAAGUCAGACAGAAGGACAUUGAGCACUUCUUGGAGAUGAGCAGAAACAAGUUCAUCGGAUUCACUCUGGGGCAGGACACAGAUACCCUGGUUGGAUUACCCAGGCCCAUCCACGAAAGUGUGAAGACUCUAAAGCAGCACAAGUACGUCUCCAUUGCAGAUGUUCAGAUCAAGAAUGAGGAGGAUCUGGAGAAGUGCCCCAUGUCUUUGGGGGAAGAGGUGGUACCAGAGACGCCAUGUGAAAUCCUCUACCAAGGCAUGCUCUGCAGCCUCCCUCAGUACAUGAUUGCUCUGCUUAAGAUUCUGCUGGCUGCAGCCCCCACCUCCAAAGCUAAGACAGACUCUAUCAAUAUCCUGGCAGAUGUCCUGCCUGAGGAGAUGCCCAUCACUGUUCUCCAGAGCAUGAAGUUGGGCAUCGAUGUGAACAGGCACAAGGAGAUCAUUGUAAAGAGUAUCUCUGCCCUGCUCCUGCUCCUCCUCAAACACUUCAGACUGAACCAUAUCUACCAGUUUGAAUAUGUAUCACAACAUUUGGUAUUUGCCAACUGCAUUCCACUGAUCCUGAAGUUCUUCAAUCAAAAUAUCUUGUCCUACAUCACUGCCAAAAACAGUAUCUCGGUCCUGGAUUACCCUUGUUGUACCAUCCAGGAUUUGCCGGAGCUUACUACAGAGAGUCUGGAAGCUGGAGACAACAACCAGUUCUGUUGGAGGAACCUCUUUUCCUGCAUCAACCUUCUGAGGCUGCUCAAUAAACUGACCAAAUGGAAGCAUUCCAGAACCAUGAUGUUGGUGGUGUUCAAAUCAGCUCCAAUCUUAAAGCGGGCCCUCAAGGUCAAACAGGCCAUGCUGCAACUUUAUGUUCUGAAGCUGCUAAAAAUACAGACCAAGUACCUGGGGCGCCAGUGGAGGAAAAGUAACAUGAAAACCAUGUCAGCCAUCUAUCAGAAAGUACGCCACCGCAUGAAUGAUGACUGGGCUUACGGGAACGACAUCGAUGCCAGGCCAUGGGACUUCCAAGCGGAAGAAUGCACCUUGAGGGCCAACAUUGAGGCUUUUAACAGCCGCCGGUAUGACAAACCCCAGGACUCUGAAUUUUCACCUGUGGAUAACUGCUUGCAGAGUGUGCUGGGGCAGAGGUUGGAUCUGCCUGAGGAUUUCCACUAUUCAUAUGAGCUCUGGCUGGAGAGAGAGGUGUUUUCACAGCCCAUCUGUUGGGAGGAGCUGCUCCAGAAUCACUGACUGAGCUCUUAACAACAAAACAUCUGAUAGAUGGGCUUUGGCUCCAAUAAAUGGUGCUCUGCCUACCCUA